CUUCUCUUGUCUGUAUCUAUUGAAACGAGAAAUCCGGAGCCGGAGCUCCACGAAUCCUCAAAUUUCCUUUUUGGUGCAAUCCAGAUCCUGACCCGGAUUCGUCGGCGGAAACAAGUGUUGUCGUUUCUGGUUCUAAAAUUUAGCAAGCAGAGGGAGUGUGUUUUUGUUCUUCUUACAAGAGUCGAUAUUCUGCUGCGAAAUUCAAGGGAUUCCCAAGAUUGAUUGCUUGAAGAUUUUUGGUAAUUUUGUCAUAUUUUCGAAGCUGCAAUCAUUGUGAAAUGAAUCAAAGUAUUUCGCAUGUAUUAAGGUACAUUUAAGAGAGACCCAGAAGAGCAGCUGCAAAAGAACACACAGGUCGGGUUCGCAGGAGUGGGAGUGGAGGGUAAAAAGGUAAUUAAAGAAAGAGAAGAUGUUUACGUGCAUACCUUGUACGAAGCAAAUGGCAGAGGAUGGAGGAGAGGAAGGUGGAGGUUCGCGUGGCGCUGACACUCCUAGGACUAAAGAAGCCGUCAAAAGCCUCACCACUCAGAUUAAAGAUAUGGCAUUGAAGUUCUCGGGUGCUUAUCGGCAAUGCAAGCCUUGCGCAGGCUCUAGCAGCUACAAGAAAGGACAGCGACCUUACCCGGAUUUUGAUGCUGCUUCAGAAGGGGUUCCAUACAGCUCAAGCUCAACUCCUGCUUGGGAUUUUACAAGUGGGAGUCACCACCCAGGUGCAAGAUUCGACUCCAGAUUUACUGCAUCAUUUGGCGGUGACCGAACCCCCGGUGGAACAGAGUCAUGUGAUGUUGUACUAGAGGAUGAGGAUGAGCCCAAGGAGUGGAUGGCACAAGUUGAACCAGGCGUUCACAUUACCUUUGUAACUCUUCCUCAAGGAGGCAAUGAUUUAAAACGAAUUCGUUUCAGCCGGGAAAUGUUUGAUAAGUGGCAAGCGCAACGAUGGUGGGGAGAGAAUUACGAUAGAAUUAUGGAGCUCUACAAUGUUCAAAGAUUUAAUCGCCAAGCUCUUAACACUCCCUCGAGGUCAGAGGAUGAGCAGAGGGAUUCUUCUUUCUCGAGACUCGGAUCCACGAGAGAAAGCCCAAUGGCUACAUCAUUACACAAAGAGUGGACACCAAGGAACUACUAUAAACCCACUGGAAGUAAAGGGUACUUCCCGUCUGAUCAUCUAGAUCAAGGUGGUGGCCACCACUACAAUGCUGGACCAAGUGCUUAUGCUUCUGGUGGUCCAAGAGGAGAGUGUUCCAUGGAUGCAUCAAGGACAACAACUUCAUCAAGAGAUGAGGCUUCCGUUUCUGUAAGCAACGCCAGUGAGGUGGAGUCAGAAUGGGUAGAGCAAGAUGAGCCCGGAGUGUACAUCACCAUCAGACAAUUAAUGGAUGGCACUAGGGAACUCCGGCGAGUCAGGUUCAGUCGAGAGAAGUUCGGGGAGGUGAAUGCAAAACGGUGGUGGGAAGAGAAUAGAGAAAGAAUACAAGCUCAAUACCUUUAGAAAUAUGAACUUUACACAACCUACAACACCAUUGGGAAGUUAAAAAGAAUUCAGGGCAGCGGUUGGAUGUCUUCUUCAUAUGGACUCCUCCAGUUUUGUUUCUUAGAGCUCAAGUCCUUACAAAAUACAUAUUCCAAAAUCAAGUUUUUAUAGAAAUCGACUUAUACUAACAUCAUUGUUUCAUGAAAGAGUGCAAAUCAUUUACCUUUAUCAUU